UCCACCCACUAUUUCCUCCAAUCAGCUCGAAGGGGCGGGCUCUGACAGUAUUCCAGACAAAAUGGCGGAUGUUGUUGUUUUGCCGCAGGGUCAGUGCUAAUCGGAGUUCGCCUUUUCACCGAUUUACUGCAAGAAAAUACAUACAUAAUAUCGUUGGCGACAACCUUCAUCGUUGUAAGGUUUUGCGAGGUGGACUGUAAUGAAAGGCAAAGAAAGGUCGCCGAUUAAAAAGCGCUCUCGGGUUUUGGAUGAUAUCCGAGACAGGGGAGGAGGCCAUCCGCCCAGCAAGAAAAUGGGGGCUAUCUCAGUUUCCAGUGGGAGCAAUAAUGGAAAUAGCUCGACUAAAAGUGACGCAGGAUCUACAAGAAGGAGUUUGUUGGGCGAAAAGAGAGACAGGGAUUUUGACGGGCAUGUUUCCAGUCGAUCCGGCGUGAGUAACCAUAGUUAUCCCGGUGCUGUUGCUAGCGCUAUCGGUAAGAACCACAACUUGGGCUUGACUCUCGAUUUAGCCACUGCAAGGACUAGUAAUUCUCGUGGCGAGCGUGCUCUGCCUCUCCCCAACAACAACGAAAGUGAGUACAAAACUCUUAAAAUCAGUGAAUUGGGAACUCAGUUGAGCGAUGAAGACAUCGAAGACGGACUUUUCCACGAAUUCAAAAAAUUUGGGGACGUGAGUGUCAAAAUAAGCCGCAGCAACGACGAGAGAAUCGCGUUUGUCAACUUCAGAAAGCCCGAGGAUGCCAGAGCAGCUAAACACGCCCGGGGUAGGUUAGUACUUUACGACCGUCCUCUGAAAAUCGACGCAGUGUACAUAAACAGACGGAGAAGUCGCUCUCCAGUUGAGAGAGUUGACAGAGACCCUUAUGUUGGAGCCCCAGGGCACAGACACCUUCACACCCAGAGACCCCUCUCCCCAUCAGGGCUUGGAUACAGAGACUACAGACUACAGCAGCUGGCACUUGGGCGCCUCCCUCCUCCCCCACUUCCCCCUUUGCCCAGAGACCUAGAACGGGAGAGGGAGUUUGCCCUGUUUGAAGCCAGGUCACGCCCAGGUCCUGCUUUCAUUGCAGAGAGAGCUGCUGCUUUCCGCGAGGAGGAUUUUAUCUCUCCCGAGGAUGACCAAAGAGCUAACAGAACGCUGUUUCUGGGCAACUUGGACAUUACAGUCACAGAGACGGACCUGAGGAGGGCGUUUGACAGGUUUGGGGUGAUAACAGAGGUGGAUAUAAAGCCCACACGGGGACAGACCAGCACAUACGGAUUUCUGAAGUUUGAGAACCUAGACAUGGCCCAUCGCGCCAAACUCACCAUGUCUGGGAAGAUAGUGGGCCGUAACCCCAUAAAGAUUGGCUAUGGUAAGGCCACCCCCACCACACGCCUAUGGGUGGGUGGGCUCGGACCCUGGGUCCCCCUUGCAGCAUUGGCCAGAGAGUUUGACCGCUUUGGUACAAUAAGGACCAUUGACUACAGAAAGGGGGACACCUGGGCUUAUAUACAGUACGAGAGCCUUGAUGCUGCUCAGGCUGCGUGCACUCACAUGCGUGGCUUCCCUCUGGGGGGGCCCGAGAGGAGACUCAGGGUGGACUUUGCAGACACAGAGCACCACUACCAGCAGCAGUUCCUUCAGCCUCUUCCUCUACCCCCCUUCGACAUGGUGGCAGAGGCUUUCAUCCACCGAGCCACAGCUGAGCCGCUGAGGGACAGAGAAAGGACUCCACCGCCGCUCCACUUCAGAGAGAGAGAUCUGGGUUUCCCCGGGGUUGAGUGGCCCCCUAACCCGGCUAUGCGUGAACGAGUACGUCCCGGGGUCUUUGAGCUACCAGAUCACCUGCAGCGGGACCGGCGGCCGGGGGGGAGGGAGCCCUGGUCUCUGGAGCGUGAGCUGGUGGGGCGCGGCGGCGACCCGGGACGGAAACGACGCCUCAUGGACGACGGUCGCCAUCUUGAUGUCUCUCCUGACAGCACUGACCGCACGGCACGCCGGCGCAGAGGUGGCCCAUCCCCAGACGGUAGCCCCGACGGAGGCCGCUUCAGUGACUCAGAGCGCCCCCCUCGCGGCGACGACAGACCCUCCCCUGGACGAGACCGCCGCCCCAGUCUGGAGCGUCCUGGCGGAGGAGACAGGAGAUUGAAGAACCAGGGGAAUCUCGCUGAGAGAGGGGCCUCCAGCAGUGGCCUCACAUCUUCAACAGGGGAGCGGAAACGUAAAGCCGGCGACAGCAGAGGACCCGGAGCUAAGAGGGAUCGCUCCUCAGACCAGGGCGGCCCUAAAGGCAGUCAGUCAUCCAAGCUGAGCCUGGCCUGGCACGGCAUGCUCCUCCUGAAGAACAGCAACUUCCCCGCCAACAUGCACCUCCUGGAGGGUCACCAGGGCGUGGCCAAGGACCUCCUCGUCGACGGCCCCACGGGGAGACAGGUGGGCGAACUCAAGAUCACCCAGCGUCUCCGCCUCGACCAGCCCAAGCUGGACGAGGUCUCCAGACGCAUCAAAGCGGCCGGCCCCGGUGGCUACGCCGUCCUCCUGGCGGUUCCCGGUUCCGGUGGCGAGGAGGUGUCGUCGACGGACCCUGCAGCUUCCACCCAGCGUCCUCUCCGCAAUCUGGUGUCCUACCUGAAACAGAAGCAGGCAGCUGGAGUCAUCAGCCUGCCCGUUGGAGGCAGCCGGGAUAAGGACCACCAGGGUGUUCUCCAUGCGUUCCCUCCCUGUGAGUUCUCACAGCAGUUCAUUGAUGCCUCGGCUAAAGCUCUGGCCAAAACCGACGAGGACUAUCUGGUGAUGGUCGUGGUGCGAGGGCCAUCAUAACUACAAUCAGAGAGGAAGCAGGACAUCAUUGAUAUUGUACAAAAGAAAAAAAGAUGUCAGUAACUACUAUUGCAUGCUGUGUGUUGAGUUCAGCUCCAUGGGGUCCUACUACUAGAGUAGGGGUAUGAUGGGGUACUACUAGAGUAGGGGUAUGAUGGGGUACUACUAUAGAGUAGGGGUAUGAUGGGGUACUACUAGAGUAGGGGUAUGAUGGGGUACUACUAGAGUAGGGGUAUGAUGGGGUACUACUAGAGUAGGGGUAUGAUGGGGUACUACUAGAUGGGGUACUACUAGAGUAGGGGUAUGAUGGGGUACUACUAGAUGGGGUACUACUAGAUUAGGGGUAUGAUGGGGGCGUAGGCUAUGUCACUAUUUGUUCCACCAAAAUAAAUAUGAAAUGCCCUCUUGAAAGUCAACAAAUGUGUAGGCAAAUUGUGCAACCCUGUUUUAUUAAAUAAUUGUGUGCUCAUUUCCAGACAGUAUUAUAAAAGGGGGACAUUCUAGAAAUACAAUCUAACUUGAAAUGAGGUAAAAUAGCACCCGUUUUCAAUUAGGAAAACUUGAAUCAACCGCUGUGUGAGAGAAGGCUCCAUUCCAACAUUUGGUCCACUGUUAGUGUUCCAUUGAUCGUAUUAUAUACAGAUCCUUCAGAAAGUAUUCAAACACCUUGAUUAAUUCCACAUUUUCUUGUGUUACAGCCUGAAUUUAAAAUGGAUUUAAAAGAAGUUUGUCUCUCCCAUCUACACACAAUACCCGACAAAGUGAAAACAUGUUUUUAGACAUUUUUGCCAAAUUUAAUUUAAAAUUAAAUACAGAAUGAUCUCAUUUACAUGAGUAUUCACACCCCUGUAGUCAAUACUUUGUUUCUAAGUACCUUUAGCAGCAAUUACAGCUGUGAGUCUUUCUGGGGUCAGUCUCUAAGAACUUUCCACUCCAUUUAUUAUGCUUCCUUCAUUUCUCGCCGUCAGUUAGGUUAGUAACUACUACACUGUUGAUCCACCCUCUGUCAUUAAAACAUCAUGUUAAACACUAUUAUUGCACACAGAGCAUAGUCCAUGCAACUUAUUAUGUGACUUGUUAAGCACAUUUUUUACUCAUGGACGUAUUUAGGCCAUAACAAAGGGGCAAGACAUUUCAGAUUUUCAUUUUUUAAUUCAUUUGUAAAAAUAAAAAAAAAAAUAAAAAAACAAACAUAAUUCCACUUUGCCGUUAUGUGGUAUUGUGUGUAGGCCAAUGACACAUCUCAAUGGAAUCCAUUUUAAAUUCAGGCUGUAACACAACAACAUGUGGGGAAAGUCAAGGGGUGUGAAUACUUUCUAGAAGGCUCUGUAGAUUAGGCUGCUUUAUGCUUCAUUACAAUCAUUUUGUGUCAUUUACAGUUAAUUAUAUAUUUUUCACCUCAAGGCCCUUUCUAAAAGUCCUGAAUUAUGAAGCCAAGUGUCACAUUUUGAGAAAGAUACCAUCAGAUCUGUUUGACGAGGAUAUAAAUCAUAUUUCGAUUUCUCACAAAAAAAGUAUUUGGGGACAAUUAUGUUGGGAUAUGUCAUCACUUGACAAAAUUGACUUCCUGUCUUUCUGUAAUACAUGAAAAUGGUUCAAACCUAGGAAUCGAAUGUCCCUAUGCACAGUAGGCUAUCUGUGGUGAGGUUAGCCCACACCUCUAUGGUUAAGGAAUGGUUCAUGACACUACAAAAUGGGCCGAGACAAUGGGGUUUAGUUGCUGAGUGUAAACUCAACCUAACUUGUCUGUGGUGUGAAUAUAGUGUAUUCAAUUGGUUUCCAAAUGUGUUUUAAUGUUUAAGCUACUCACCAGUAAUACUUGGGCGUAUUGAGAGGCUGAAUAAGAAAUAUAGAGGUGAUUUUUGCCCAGCUAAUAUACUGUAGGAUGGGCCCAUCAAUGCAAUGACGCAACAAACACACAGCCCACUAAGAGAGAUGCUAAGGGUAGAUUUUAUUGUGUGCAUUUUCUUUAGCACCACCUGACCCUUGGUAGUAACUUGUGACCUAUAACCUUUGACCUAUAAUGUGUGGUAAAAUUACACUAGAGAUAAAAACAAACUUAAGCUUUUGUUGUUGUUGACAUUUGUUGGUCCGGUUUCAUUCAAUUAAUAUACCAAUGUUUGUUGCCAAGUUUGUCUGAAUAUGACAGUAUUUUAUUGGUAAUCAUUGCUAACAAAUGAUUUAUGGUAAUCCUAAUAAUCAAUCAGUUAAAAGGCUAUUCAACAUUUGGAGAAACUGAUCAUUUUAGUUUUUUUAAGUUUUUUUGAGGAAAACUGAAAUUGUAGGUUUGAUAAGUUGUAGUGCUAUUAUUUUUUGUAUUUUUAAACCACAAUGUUUUCCCCUUUUGCGGCCAGCAGAAAACAGCUAGAUUUGUCAGACUUAAUAACCUACUGUUGGUAACAUUUUAUGGCAGUUUUUUUUUUAAACUGAGUUGUAGUUUUAGGAUGUUUUAAGAGGAGGUUGGUCUGGUUUAUCUGUUUGAAAAACUGUAUGAGAAAAAAAAUCUGUAUUUGUCUCACCGCCUCAACUGUGGACUUCCUAUGGCUCAAACCUCGCAGGAAACUCUGAAGAGAAGGAAACUACUUAGUAUUUGUGUGUUUUCACUGAGAAAGCAGCUUUUAAGUUGUCUUCUUUUGUGUUCUGUUUUAAAUGGAGUAAUAUGACCCUCUGGCUUUGUGCUGUGUACCUGGUUUCAUUGGGAAGACAAGAAAAGGGGAAAUCCUCUUCCCACACUGCGCUUACUGCCAAGCUGUUUAACACACACAGAGACAAAGUGCAUUUAUGCACUUAUUUGUCCUCCGAAUAUCAAUAAAUGUUCAUUUGUUGGAAACUUG